CCGCUCAGUCCCCUUCAGCUCUGUACCCUGGCUGCCCCGCACUGCCUCGUUAAUAUUGGCUCCCCGACUGAGAACUUGAAUUCAGCCUCCCAUGUCGCGUCGGUGAGUGAAUGCCCGUCCACCGUCCCUCGCCCGUCAACAGAAAGAGAGAGAGACAAGGGAGAUGGAAAAAAAAUAUCGAAUUCCAUCGCGGCACUGCGGUCCAUCAACACGCACAACGACUGGCCAUUAAUAACGGAGAGCGCAUUAGGCUAGGGGCCCAGUUCGUGCUGUGAGUGUGUGCCGUGAACACAAUCCGCGGAGCUGAACCGUCGUCAGUGUAUAGGCAAACCAGCACCGUACAUGCACCGUGUUCUAGCGAGGCACACACCGUUCCGUCUGCACACACUCACGGCGCGCUGUGUCUUACCCGGCUCGCUGGUCAUUACUGUAUCCGCCAGGCAAGGCAAUAGGCCCCGUGCUUUCGCGCCGUGCAGAUGCAGCCUGCCUGGAACACACCCAGUAUUCAACGACCUUGUGUAUUAGUACAGCGCAUGCCAGUAGGGUAACGGUGAUGCGAACGAGACAGCUUGAGUGGGCUUGAAGAAAGCCAGUCACUGUACACACAUACAUUGACUCGACACGGGGAGACAGUGCGGUGACAAGUCACAGCUUGGUUCAGUCACCAACAUCGUCUUCUUCUCCAUUCCUUCAUUGUUGUCAGUACAUGAACGUUGUCAUCCAAGAUGGAGUUGUCUGAGAUCGGCGAGAGAGUUUACGCCGUGGAAUCGUUGCUCAAUCGUAGAAUUCGUGAGGGAAAGCCUGAAUAUCUGGUCAAGUGGAAAGGCUGGUCUGCAAAGUACAGCACAUGGGAACCAGAAGCAAAUAUCCUGGCCAAAUGCCUGGUUGACGUGUUCGAGGACAGGCGCAAAGAACUUGAGUCCACCGUGGUCAAGAAAGGCAGGAAACGAAAAAGGACGCACAAUCAGGUUCACUCCGGGGUCGGAUUGUUGAGGAGUGCGGAACUUAAACCUGAGCCCAAAGACGAGGACGGCACGUUGGCAGCGGGUAACGCCUCAGCAGUACCGGGAGAUGAGCCCAGAGCCACGGGGAACAAAGACCCGUCUGGCGCGGAGUGGACGGCCAAUAGUACGGGCGGUAACUCCCAGGGUACGGGUGACGGUGGGAGCGGUGGUGAGAGCGAAACACGGACUGCAGCAGCAACUGUGGAAGAUUCAACUGACGACGAUGACGACGACGAUGAUGAUGAUGAACCACCCACUAAGAAAAUAUUCACAUCAGCAGCCAGCGGACAAAAGGAUCGUAGUCAGAGUUUGACCAAUGGAUCAACGGGGACAGGCCAGCCUUGCACCAAGGAUUCUGGUAACCAUAGCAACAAGGAGGCAACCAUUUCGACGGGAAAAUCGAAGAGUGGAUCCGCCGAGCGCACGCACGGAGCGCGGGAUUUGAAACUCGGCCACGCCCUGAAAUCCAAACACAAGACGAAAUCCUCCAAGAAGAUGAAGCACCCUAAGGGCGUCAAGCCUAAGGAGGAACUGACAGGUUUGCUGAGGAAGACUAAGAAGAGGAGAAAGGAUAAGAUGCGGUCCAAGAAACGUAAAUUAUCUUCCUCGCUCGCCAAGGAGAAACGAGACAGCGGUGACAAAAAUGUGAAGAAGAGACAUAAAAAGAAGCAUCGACGUCGCCACCGUGCUUCGUCUGAACACGCGGAGGAAGGUUUACUCAAGAAACAUCGAUCAGUCAAAGGAGAAAAGAAGAAAGCACGUAAGAAGAAGAAGCCACACCCACUCACAACAAUCAAGGUUGAUUCCACAGUCUGGGACUUCCACGAUAGUGAUUCCAACUCGGGCAUUUCCGUCAAGACUUCGACCGACAAGAAACUCAAAUCUCCGGUCAAGCUUCCUUCUGAGAAACCUCUCGCUGUCUUGCACAUCUCGGAUAAAUCUCUGGGUGCUCUGACGGCCAUGGACAAGUCAACAAUCUCGCCCAAAAAUAGCGCGGCCUCGGAUGACCCGAAACCUAGGAAUAACACCACCGUGACUAUUCCCGAACGGGCAUCGAAAAGUCCAACCGCUGGAUUGCAUUCCCCGAAGAAAUCGGCCUCAGCAGAAAAAUUACCGAACGUGAGAAUUUCCGAGGGUGAGGGUAAUAGGAUUUCCAUAAUACUGUCCACCUCUGCCCUGUCACCGAAUUCUGCCAGACUACAUUCGACUACAAGCCCCGGCCGUUCGCCCAACUCCGAGAAAUCGCCCAAAUCGGAAAGACAGCCAACGGCCGCAAAAAAACCUGCUGGUAGUAAAGCACAACCAGAAAAACCGCCAAGUAGCUCAGAGAAAUCACCCCCGUGCGACGGGCAAGCCGAUUCUGAUAAACAGCCCAAUCCAGAACGAUCGCCCAAUCUGGAAAGAUCGCCCAACUCCGAAAAAUCGCCAUCAUCUAUAAGGCUGGCUGCUUCUGCUUCAGUGCCCACAUCAGAAAGACCGCCAAAUCCUACAACCCCUCCCACUCCUGAAACUCCUCCCACACCUGUAACUCCUCCCACACCUGAAACUCCUCCCACACCUGAAAGUCCCGCCUCUCCCAAAUCUCCAGUUACACCAACAAGCCCGCCUACAUUAGAAAAAGCCACCACUUGCCAAAGAUUAACCACAUCCGUACCAGAAAAGCAAGUAAUAUCUGAGAAAACUGUAUUAAACCAGAGAUCUUCAACAAAGGAGAAGUCUUUAACUGAUCGACCGCCAACAUCUGAAAGACCGCCCAUGAAAGUAAGGCCGCCUUUAACUGACGCCCCGCCCCUAUCCGAGAAAACGUCUUUAUCUGCGGGACAGAAUAUUUUCCCUAAGCUGCACUUCUCCAGCAAACAAAUUUGCGUCAAGAAAACCAACAUUUCUGGGAAAAUUUCGACGGAAUUGGAUCGCAUGUCCUGUCCCAAAAAGUCACAGACUAUCGACAAACCCAACUGCGUGUCGCCGCCCAAAUCAGCGGACAGAUCGCCGCCCAAAUCGCCCACAGCUAAAAAACCGCCCACUUCGCAGCGGCCAAUCAGCAAUGGCGGUUCACAAUCUACGCCAAAACAACCAAUCACAACCAAGACUGUCAGCUACCCCGAAAGACCGUCCAAUGGCAAAUCAAUCGCCAACCAUGGGCAACAGGCCAAUUCCAUAAAAUCUCCCAAUUCCGUAAGAGUGCCCAACUCCGGAAAACCGCCCAGCUCCGUAAAACCGCCCAGCUCCGUAAAACCUCCGUCUGCAGGUAACUUGCCAGUAUCUGGGAAACCCGCCAGCUCAGAAAGGUCAUCGACCUCAGGAGUUCCCAUCAAGAAACUUUCAAUCACUUCAAAACCGCCCUCUCUAUUGGUCAGGCUUCCUAUCACCAAUAAGCACUCAUCGGCUGAGAAACCUCCCUCCUCCACGAAAUCACCAACAGCCACGCCCAGUUCUCCCCAUAGCGACCGCCUACCUGCAUCAGAACGAACAACGCCCACAGACAAGACCGCAUCACUGAAGUCGCCCAAUUGGGAUAAAGCGCCCAAUCUCAAACGGGUACACAACGGUGACAAACCGGCCAUAACAGAUCGAUCGAUGAACUCGGUCAGGAAAACGAACUCGGACGGUUUGCAGAUUCCUAAACGGGCGCCCAUUCGUACUAAUUUACUCCACACUGAGGCUCAGCCCGGACCAGGUCGACAUCCAAGUACACCGUCCCCAGGGCCUCCGAAGACAACCCCAUCAAAGAGUCUUCACAAGAAGACGAUUCCCCAAUCAACUCCCACCCCACCACCCCCAGCUCAUGACCCCAAUGUACCCCUCGAUCUCAGCAUCAAUCGUACUUCACACCAAACUACCGUAGCUAACACCCACGUCACCAAAACAUCAGACGUGACGAGACGACCCAAGUCUUACCCUUCCCCGCCCCCUGCCCAUCGAUUCUGGAGCCCCGCCCACCCGCACAAUCUCGAUUACAUCGUGGUGACUGACGUCACGGCGCGGGAUUUCACCAUUACAGUCAGGGAGAGUUACACUCCAGAAGGAUUUUUCCAGAGCUGCGCGUGAUGGAUUUAGCCCUGGGGACGUGUCACGUGGCGUCUGUCUCCAACCUGAACAGCCACACUGUAAUUUCAUUUAUAUCUCAGCGAGCAGGGAACGAGUGUUGUUGAAGAAAACACAAACCAAAUCCUUCUCACCCUGAAUGCAUAAGACAGGGCUGGAUACCCCUGUGCGUACGUUGACCUGGAUAUCAAAAAAAAAUCACUUAAAUGCAUUGGAUGCAUGAAUCAGGUUUGAUAUUCCAUCAGUUCGCAUAAUCAGGGUGAUUUCGGCUAAGAGCACUACUAAUCCUUGUCACCGUGAAACAAUGCUGAUCACAACCGUGAAGUACCGGAGCAAAAUGAUAUUAAAUGUAAACAAAUGAAGCUUUGGCCGCGUGAUUAUAGGACACGCAGUCUUUGAACUUGUAAUAUUAUAAUGAUGUGAACGAUAUGUCUUUACGCUACCCCCUGUGUAAUGUCACUCGUCGUACCGCUAUACGCGCCUAGUUCUUGUUUAUGCGCUGAUAACGUACGGCGAGGGGUAUAUUUUUAUGCACCAUUUUUUAAGGUCUUGUAAAAGCCGUUAGCAGCGGCCGGUUAUGUGAAAAGAGUUUUAUAUAUCGCGCCAUGAAAUUGCUUGUUUGUACGUUAUGAUGUUUAUUUGUCUAUUUCGCGGCAUGGCUCAAACCGUGAUUCAAGAGUAUUUUGGUCGAAUUUAUUUGUAUGUGUGUUUUUCUUGUUUUAUCGGCGCGGGAAAUGUGACAUAGGCCGAAAAUCUGGCGGGAAUGCAAAAAAAAUAUGCGCAUUGUGUUUUGGCGCCGUAGGCAAACCACUGUAUUUUGUUGGACAGGUCUGCGUGGUCUACGUUGAACGAGUCAAGUAUACUCAAUGCUAAACAUACUGCCAUUAUAAUGUACAGUGAAUCAAUAGCAAGUGGAUAAACAGGGAUGUCACGUGUCUUUGUUUUGCAUUGUCAAUUCGAGCAAGCGGCCCCGCUAUUUUCACUGUUGCAUUUUAUAUAUUACUGUACGUAUAUAUUAGUAUUUAUUGGUUGUACAGAAAUUUUACUCAUUGAACGUCAUAGACAUCAGAACAUUUUGUUUAUAUGUAUGACAUGGAUAUAGUGAACUAUUGACCGUUGUUGAUUGUGUAGUGUAACAUACUCGAGCAUAGAGUUGUUAUUUGCUAAAUAUAUUCACUGGAGGUAAAUGGGCGGAUCCAAGGAAGGAGGGGAAUAGUUUAAAAAUAGCUUCAUUUUGGAUUAGAUAAUGAUUUGGUUUCCUUUGAAAAACACAUUCAAAUCGAAGAGAGGCGGGAAGGGGCGGGGUUUUUCCUUGAAAAAGUAGGCGUAGAUUUCCGGAUAUGUUGGUAUUUCCUUAUCACGGCUGUUCGUCCCUACAUGGGGAGGAAGGACACGCCCCUCCAUCCUGGAUUCGCUAGUAGGAAGUGAUCUGUUUAGAUCAAUCGAUUGAUCAGGUAUUAGCAAUUGGUUAAUCAGUAAUUGGAAAGGUAAAAAGAUAAUGACGGCCUGCAUAUAAAUAUUCGCACAGUUACACCGUUCUCUGUAUUUAAAAUGUGGUAGAUUUUACAUACAACUUUUUGUUAUUUGGUGUUUUGUAUUCGUGGAAAAGCAGGCUAACUAACGGCUCUGUUAUUUGAUAAAACUUGUAAGAUAUUACACUGGCAAUGUGAUUUACAUCCAGACUUGUAAAUGCUUGGUUUUUGGAGAUGUUUGUUCGCACACCGUACCUCUUGUUUUAUAAGUAGAACACUCUCGUUAAAAGCUGUGUAUUUAUGUAUGUAGCCGAAGGGGUUUGGAUGAUGCUUGUAAUGUUGUAUAUAUACCCGUGUGAACCGCCCAGGAUUGGACCGGGAGAUACCGACACUGCUCGGCCGGGAAAAGCCGCGAGCGCACGGGGUCAAAAGGGCGAGACUGACACGCUGAUACGCUGGCCUUCUGGUAAACCUGCUCCAUUGACUCAACCUUGUGUCUACCGAAAGGGAAAACAAAUAUCACUGCAUUAUUGUCCUCGGUGCGAUCGUACCACUGGCUGAAGUGUGUGGAUGUCAGGAGUGACAUUGUCUUCAUAUUCAACCCUUCAUGAAUAUCAGAAUUAUAUAUAAAUGGAUGCAUCUAUUGCCCCUUAUUCAUUGGUAAUAAGGUUAUUAUGCUCCGGUGUAUACGGGGCACUGAUGCAUUUUGCACGGCAUUUUUAUUGUUGACUGUUUUUCGGGCUGUGUAGUGUUCAGUUACUCGCUUGACAAAAAGCCAUUGCUAUGGAAGCCGAGCUGUGAGCCAUACGAACGGAUAGCUGCUCAAUGGAGGAUAUGUGACUCGCUGAAUGAAAUUCCAGCAAGACGGCUGUAGCAGUGCCAAACAGCACAGACAGGCUGCGAAGGCUCUCAUUUUUGUUCGAGCUUGCCGCCAUGUUUUUUUCCGUAUUGUUCCGUAUUGCAAACCCUUUGAAAAAAGAGCUUUUCAACCGCGGUUAUUUGAUAAAUAUUUAUUGGGUCAGGGUCGAGAGCAGGGACGAGAGCAGAUUCCUUCGUUUAUUAUAGGCACCAAUGAAAAUAUCACUUAUUUCCGUACAUAUUUGGUUUUAGGAUCCGUUUUUCCGUUGGUAAUAUCGUUUUGCCUGUUAGUUUUUGACCUUUGGCACCAGGAAGGACUCUAGAUCGGAAACCGGAGCUGUCAGACCAAUUAGCGGGGUGUAAAGAAGUCCCAGUCAUUCAUGGCGACGGAGGGAGAAGGGUAAAGGGUGCCAGACUCCAAGACACGAGCGCGAGGAGAAAGAAGCUGUCCAAGACGGUUCAAUCAAUUCAAUGGACUAUAUUCAGCAGGCUUCGUCUUGUUUCCCAUGAUCAUAGUUGAAUUCGCGAUGGAGUAUUGUCGUUAUACCAUAGGCACCAGACUUAUCCAGGAAACCAAAAUGGCGGCUGAAUGUGAUUGCUUUAUUGGAAUCAAUGUAUAAUUCUGAAUUUCCAUACUUGAAGUUGAUUUACAAAUCAUUCAAAGUUACAGAUUAUGAAACAAAAAUAUGUUUUUUUAUGUUGAUAUCUAUAAAAAUAGGAACACAAGACUAAAAAGUGCACCGCACUGUCUAUUUGGUUCUUCCACUCCGCAGGCACCAAAUGUUAUAAGUAGAACACGUUGUGCUCAAAAUAAUCUUGAUUGUAGAAAAAAAACAAUUGAAGCUACUAGAUAACAUUAGACAGGUCGUGUUAUCGACACCUGUGGAUAUAUUAUAAUGUAGCACGUUUAACAACGCACAUAGUCAAGAAAUAUAAAAGUCUUCUACCAAAAAAGCUGCCUUUGUUGAUAGUGUUAGUGCAGAUGUGCUUUUUGAAUAUUAAUGGUUAGACGUAUUUAAUCGAUGUGCUCCUUCAACAGAUACGUGAACGUCCUAGAUCACGCGUUCGGCUUAAUUCACUGCCUUGUUUUGAAAACGUAUAUGCAUUGUAAUUUAUAAAGCAAAGUAUUGUCAAAGUAUUUCAGUAUUGUAGAUUUUGUACGGAAGCCACUGUUCUCUGUUGAUCAAUGUUUUAUCGAUGUUUGUUGCAUAUACCGUUAUUGCAUUGUUUGAAAAAUAAAGCAAAGAUGUUAAGAACAGACA